AUGAGCUUCCUACAUACAUGCUGCACUGCAUAUACUUUCGCACGAUGUCGUGAUAUUAAAGUACACCCCACGGCAGCCGAAGGCGUCAUGGAGACCCACAUUUAUAUCAUUGCAGAGCGUGGCAGGUUGGCAUCAUCGCCGUGCAAAUCUCGCCCAACUCCAGCCAACCACAUCACGUUGUUUGCGAUUGCGUCUUUGCCGAUCCCUCACUUUAAGCCAUGCGAAGCCUCUACGAAGGAUGCCGAUCUCACCGUGCUCUGGCUGGCUGCUCCAUCUCCCAACUUCCUGAUUUCUCCGAGCUCUGCAAGCUUCAGUCUAUAG